AUGGAGUCGCAGGCUCAGAGCAGCAAGGGCGAUUCCAGCAAGUCACCAAUGCCGCACGGUGGCGAGGGCGAUGAACCUGGCAAGGAUGAUUCCAGCAAGUCGCCAAUGCUGCACCGCGGCAAGGGCGAUGAACCCAGCAAGGCGCCGCCCACGCCUCAGAUGCUUCCCAUCACAAGGCCACCCAAGCCCGGCACAAGGGGGCGGCGCAUAACGCUGCUCACCAACCACUUCAAAGCCUCCUGGAAGCCAGCGCAUGACUUCUUUUACCACUAUCACGUAGAUCUCAAGUACGCAGACGGUCAACCCGCUGCUGGGGAACGCGUGGGGAGGAAAGUGAUGAGGCAGCUUUACGAGACCUACGCCUCUGACCUCGCAGGCAAGCAAUUCGCCUACGACGGCGAGACGGGCCUCUACACCGCUGGGCCUCUUCCUUUUACCACCAAUGUGUUUGAGGUUAUCCUGGUUGAUGCUUCAUCCCGAAGGUUUGCAGCAACGAGCGGGAGCCAUGGAGGAGAUGGCAGCCCAGGGCCAAGUGACAACAAGAGAAUGAAAACAGAAGCACACUCCAAAAUUUUCAAGGUGGAGAUAACCUUCGCGGCAAAGGUUCGGAUGAACAAUUCCUCACAGGAUGCUCUUCGGGUUCUCGACAUCAUUCUGAGGCAGCACUCUGCAAAACAGAAUUGCCUUUUAGUCCGACAGUCUUUUUUCCGUGGAGAUUCCCGUUACUUGGAGUUGGGUGGCGGUGUUCGCGGUUGUCAGGGUUUUUAUUCUAGCUUUCGACCCACUCUCAGUGGGCUCUCACUCAAUGUUGAUUUAACCACCACGAUGGUAGUGAGACCCGGGCCUGUGAUUGACUUUCUACUCUUCAACCAGGAUGUGAAGGACACUUCCAGAAUUGACUGGCGCAAAGCCAAACGGGCACUGAACAAAUUAAGGAUCGAGACCAUUCACACCAAGGCAGAAUUUACGAUUACUGGAUUGACCGAAAACAAUUGCAAUGAGCAGACUUUCCCACAAAAGCAAAAAGAUGGCAACACUGUGGAUGUAACUGUCUAUGAUCACUUCAUGAAUCGUUGGUCUAUGAAGAUGGAAAAGUCUGCUAAUUUGCCCUGUCUAAUUGCGGGGAAGCCAAUGCGCCCAACAUACCUCCCGCUGGAGGUUUGCAUUCUACUGCCAUUACAAAGGUAUAAAAAGUCACUGUCAACGUUGCAAAGGUCAAAGCUGGUGGAGGGAUCCAGGCAGAGGCCGGAUCAAAGGAUGUUGAGCUUAUCUGGUGCGUUGCGUGCCAAUAAUUAUAAUUCCGAUCCAAUGCUGAGGGAAUGCGGCAUUGCGAUAGAUCCAGAGUUUACUCAAGUCGAGGGUAGAGUCCUUCAGGCACCACAGUUAAACUCUGCAGAUGGUAGAGAACUUCGUACACCUAAUGGGCGGUGGAACUUCAAUAAUGACGUAAGCAACUGA